GCCUUUUGUCAAACUCCUGCUUCUCCUUUUUCCAUCACAUACCAGAUCAGAAAGGCAUUUUCAAUAAAAAUUAAGUAAAUAUUUGAAGUAGAAAUAAAACGCCUCAUUAAUAAUACAGUGUUAUGUAUGCUUAGCUGUAGCUUAUUGUAUACUGUUUCACACACUAUUCUUAAAAAAAAAAAAAAAAAUAGUAGGCAGUAUGCACUGUGUACUGUGCAGUAAGCAAGUGUGCCAUUUCGAACACAGCCUGGGUCUCGAAUGGGUCUCACGUGAUGCGGUCCAGUCCAGUGUCACGUUGCAUAGCUCCGCCUUGAUAUGUUUCAAACAGGUCCUCUUACUGACUGUAAAGCUCGUGUUGCGGUUUAUGAAGAUCAUUCAUAAGACUAACACUCGACUCGAUCGAUUGCAGUAAUGUCUGGAAGAGGUAAAGGCGGUAAAGGACUCGGGAAAGGAGGCGCUAAGCGGCACCGUAAAGUUCUGCGGGAUAACAUCCAGGGCAUCACCAAACCCGCCAUCCGUCGUCUCGCUCGCCGCGGCGGAGUCAAGCGUAUCUCCGGUCUGAUCUACGAGGAGACCCGCGGUGUGCUGAAGGUGUUCCUGGAGAACGUGAUCCGCGAUGCCGUUACCUACACCGAGCACGCCAAGAGAAAGACCGUCACCGCCAUGGACGUCGUGUACGCGCUGAAACGACAGGGACGCACUCUGUACGGCUUCGGAGGUUAAACACGUCCGUGUUACCAUAAAAACCCAACGGCUCUUUUAAGAGCCAC